UCUAACCAAAAUAUCAACUCUGUCUUCGUGGAUUACAUUCAAACACGUCAGCCAACAAGCGCAGGCGCUGUGUAUAUAAAUCACUAAUAGCACGUCUAAUCUAACCACAAUUGUAUCAUUCUACACAAGGUUGUGAAUAAUGGAGCGCGAAUUGCAGGUCCUGCUAAUCAGUCUCAUCUUAGUUUGCCCCACAGCGAUUGCCGUGAAAGUGGGUUACUGGCCUGCCUACAGCUAUUCUUAUUUCCCUCCCUCCUCCGUCGAUGCCUCUCUCUACACCCAUCUCCUCUACGCUUUCGCAGAUCUCAAUCCCCAAACAUAUGAGGUCACAGUCUCUGCAGCGAAUCAGGAAAGCAUUGCACUCUUCACCUCCACGGUGCAGAAGAGCAAUCCCUCAGUGAAAACGUUGCUUUCCAUCGGCGGAGGAAAUGCCAAGAUGGACGACUUCUCCACAAUGGCUGCCGAUUCUGCACUGCGCAAAAAGUUCAUCGACUCGGCCAUAUCUCUCGCCAGGCAAUAUUCAUUCCACGGCCUUGAUCUCGACUGGGAAUACCCACAAACUCUGGCGGACAUGGAAAACUGGGGGCAGCUGUUCACCGAAUGGAGAUCUGCAGUGGUUGAAGAGUCUGGAACCUCCAGCAAGGAUCCCCUGUUGCUUACCGCUGCCGUCUAUUUCUCAAACCAGUUCUUUCAGUGGGGCGUAGUGAGAGAAUACCCGAUCGACUCUAUAACUAGCAAUCUGGACUGGGUGAACAUUAUGACCUACGAUUUUGUCAUCCCAACUCAGAUCAACAAGACGGGAGAGCACGCAGCUCUGUACGAUCCCAACUCUAAAUUCAGCACCAGCUAUGGCGUUGAGUCGUGGUUGAAUGCAGGUCUUUCUAAGCAGAAAACUGUUGUGGGGAUGCCCAUUUAUGGAUAUUCAUGGACGCUGAAGAGCACAGCAAAUGUGGGAAUAGGAGCCGAGGCCAGCGGUCCAGGCAACCCCGAUGUAUAUACCUUUGCCCAAAUUAAGGAUUUUAUCAGUAACAAAGCAGCCACCGAGGUUUAUGACACAACCACUGUGUCGGCUUAUUGCUAUUCUGGGCUUGUAUGGAUUGGGUACGACAACGAACAGUCUGUUAGAGCUAAAGUGGAGUAUGCCAAACAGAAAGGUUUGUUGGGGUAUUUCUUCUGGAACGUCGUUCAGGAUAGCAAUUGGGCUCUCUCCACCGCAGCCUCGAAUGCAAUGGGUCAGUGAUCACGUCAAUGGCGAUGGUUUUAAGUCAAAUAAUUGAGAAGCGGUUGUGCAAGCUUCUCACUGUUAUGCCAUUUGAAGGACUUAUCCAAGAGUGUAUCAAGACAUUAUAUAAAUAAUAAUAAUAACAAUAAAAUUAUUAUUUCA